AUGACAGUAAAGAUGAUAUCUAGGGUGUUUGUGAAAGUGUCAGAGGGGGUGUCUGCCAGAGUGACAGUAAAGAUGACAGCUAGGGUGUUUGUGAGGGUGUCCUGUGGGGUGUCUGCCAGAGUGACUGUAAAAAUGAUAGCCAGGGUGUUUGUGAAAGUGUCACAGGAGGGAACAUUUUCAACAGAUCUGAGUGGUUAUGUUAUUCAUCCCUCUCGGAGGCAUGGUACAGACACGGUACUUCAUCACGAAGUUCAUCGUGUGGACGACACGUCACACUUUCACCAGCCCAACACUUUACCCGGUUCAUCCUACUUAGGCACAGUGUGCACAGAUUUUGGAGUGUCCGUAUGUGAAGACUUCUUUGAUUUUAUCACUAUCGUAAUAGCUGCCCGAGAAUUAGGACGUGGACUGGGGGCUAAUUAUGACGGAGUGGAUAUUCUGUGCGACCCUGAAGACAAAUUCAUCAUGGCGCCGGUGAGCGCUCCUUCUAAUGACGUCAACCCUUGGCAUUUUUCCAACUGCUCAUUGGAUGACUUUAGAGACAAAAUGGCUGCAUUGGGGAUAGAAAGCUGCUUGUUGUCUGAUGACACGGUAGUGGAUGCCUCAGAAUUUGAGCCGUUGCUGAGUAUCUCACCUGGCCAAGUAUACACUCUGGAUGAACAGUGCCAGCUGUCAUUGGGUGAAACAUCUUACUUCUGCCGAGCGUUUUACCAGCCAGAUCAAUACGGAGAGGCUUGUGCUGGAGCACUUUGCUCUAUUCCCGGUUCUCAAAGCUGCACUGCUAUUCUGCCAGGUCAAGAAACACCGUGUGGAGACAAAGAGUGGUGCAUCGACGGACUGUGUGUAUCAGAUGAUAACGCUACCUCUGUAUCAGAUACCUGCCCGCACGGCGACCAGCCCAGAGGUAUUAUCGGCUCCUUCACCUGUGCUGAUAUCGCCAACCUCACCCUUCUUUGUUACGGUGAUUUAUACCGGUUGGCGUGCUGUGAAGCGUGUGAGUCUGUGUUUACAGGAUUACCUGGCUGUGAGUAUGGGGACGUUGCUCAAACCUGCCAGUCCAUUACACGAGCGGGCUGCUAUCUGCAGGAACUGGUGUGCUGUGAGACGUGUCCUCCGCUAAAAAAUACUACUCAACCAGGUUGUGAAUUCGGAGACCGGAUUGAAGAUUGCGUUGAAGAAGAGUGUCCCAAUUACAACUCCACAACAUUGUAUAUGGAUUGCUGCGAAACAUGUGCCGAAUUUAGAAUAAUAACUUCAACUUCUAAAAUUACUGACGCCACAACCACUGACGCCACAACCACCGAAGCCAUAACAACUGACGCCCCAACCACUGACGCCCCAACCACUGACGCCACAACCACCGAAACCACAACCAUCGAAACCACAACCAACGAAGCCACAACAACUGAUGCCACUACGACUAAUGCCACAACCACAGACGCCACGACCACGGACGCCACAACUACUGACACUACAACCACUGACACCACAACCACUGACGCCACCACUACGGACGCCACCACUACGGACGCCACAACUACAGACGCCAUAACCUUGGACCCCACAACUAUGGAAGCAACCACUACGGACGCCACAAGCACUGACGCCACAACUGCAGACGCCAUAACCACGGACUCCACAACUAUGGACGCCACCACUACGAGCGUCACAACCACUGACGCCACCACUAUGGACGCCACAAGCACUGACGGCACAACUACAGACGCCAUAACCACGGACUCCUCAACUAUGGACGCCACUACUACAGGCGCCACAACCACUGAAGCCACAACCACUGAUCUCUCAACAACUACUGACGCCACAACUACGGCCACAACCACUGACGGUACAAUCACGACUACCCCCACUGGCUCCACAGGGACUACUACCGUAGAAGUUACCUGUAGUGAAACUGGUUCUGCCCCCUGGAUCAUUGAAGUCCUCAGUGGUGGUACGUGCGACACAAGUUCAUCGUCGUGUGUUGAGCUGGUGGUUGAAGUUUUGGAGAGAACACCUGUUCACAACACCUCCGACCUGCUCUGUAGAUUUAGGCAGUUCGUGGUGGAUGAGAUGGGCCCGCUGUUCACAGGACCGACGACCCUAGUACCUGGUCAUUACAUUACCUGUAAUCUUAUUGCCUGCUUGAUACCAAACGACACGAUCCCCAUGCUGGACGGUAGAGCUGUGGCUGGGUGGUACGUGUCUGUCAGCGACGACGGCAUCAUGUUCGGUAACGAGGCGAUAUACCUGCCGUAUGAUAGCCGCUGUGUGACUUGUACAGGUGUCAAUACGCUACCGAUGUGCACCUGGAUGGUGUGCAUAGUGAAAGGUGCAUCACGGAACGGAAGAAUACUGCUGGGUGGACUGCUGAUCAUCUUAGUUCUCAUCACGCACGUGUUUUGGUGA